AUGAAACAAGAGUAUCAACAAGUAUUUAAUCCUAGGAAUGCAUCUUCUAAUAUUAAUAAAUAUAAUACUAAUAAUAAUAAUAACAAAAUGUCAUUCAUUGAUGAAACUAAUAAUGUAACAUUAAAAGUAAAAGUGAAUCAACGAAAUAAUAAUAUGCAUAUUAAACAAUCAAGAUUGAGAAAACCAUUACAAAAUGAUAAAUUUCUAUUAAAUUAUUUUGAAUUUGAUAAACAACAACAUUCAAAUGAUUUAACUGUUUACAAAAUUGUUAAUAUUACAAAUAGUAGUACAUCAUCAGCACCACCAUCAUCAAUAAUUCCCAAUGUUAUUCAACAGUAUCAUCAAGGCUUGACUGCAAUAUCACCAUCAUCAUUGGAAUCUAAUGAUUUCAUUUCUAAUAAUUAUGGUAAUUGUAAAAUUAGUAAGAAUCAUGGUAGAAGAAGAUUAUCAGUUGAUAGUAUUGUUACAACUGAGAAAGUUAAAGUUAAAUCACCACUCUCUCCUCAAAUUGUAAAUUAUUCUAAUAAUAAUGAAUCUAAUUCAAGCAAUGCUACCACCACCACUAAUAGUAGUACUAGUACUAGUUGUAGUAGUAAUGAUUGUAAUAUAACUGAUAGUAAUGAUAAUUAUUAUUGGGAUUUACUUCUUUCAGAAUUACAACAGGAAGAAACCAAAGGCUUGGAGUCAUCAUCUUCUCAUCUUAAUACACUUUGUACCACAACAACAACAAGUGAAGUAGACGCGAACAACGUACCAUGUGAUUGUCUUGCUCAAAUAUUUUGA